AUGCUGCGAUUAAGAGCAUUCAGACCCAGCAAUGAUAAGAUAGUAAAGAUUCAAUUGCAUCCUACGCAUCCAUGGCUUGUCACUGCCGAUGCCUCGGAUCGCGUCGCCGUUUGGAAUUGGGAACACCGCCAGGUUAUCUACGAGCUCAAACCCGGCGGUGUCGACGAGAGACGUUUGGUCGGUGCCAAGUUGGAGAAGCUUGCUGAGGGUGAAUCUGAGCCGAAAGGGAAGUCUACUGAAGCCAUGCGCGGAGGGAGUGUGAAGCAGGUUAACUUUUAUGAUGAUGAUGUCCGCUUUUGGCAACUCUGGCGCAAUCGUUCAGCAGCUGCGGAGGCUCCCUCAGCCGUCAGCAAUGUAACUUCAGCAUUUGCUUCUCCAGCUCCAUCCACUAAAGGAAGACACUUCCUUGUCAUCUGUUGUGAAAACAAAGCCAUCUUUCUGGACCUGGUCACUAUGCGUGGUCGUGAUGUACCUAAGCAAGAACUUGACAACAAUAUGGAGUUUCUCUGCAGAUCCACUACUGGUGAUGGUCCUCCACUAGUUGCAUUUGGUGGAUCGGAUGGUGUCAUCAGAGUUCUUUCAAUGAUAACAUGGAAGCUUGUACGCAGAUACACUGGAGGUCAUAAAGGAUCCAUUUCUUGUUUGAUGACCUUCAUGGCUUCCUCUGGUGAGGCUCUUCUUGUUUCGGGUGGUAGUGAUGGCUUACUUGUUCUUUGGAGUGCAGACAAUAGUCAAGAUUCACGAGAACUUGUACCCAAGCUGAGCUUAAAGGCACAUGAUGGUGGGGUUGUCGCUGUUGAGCUUUCUAGAGUUAUUGGAGGUGCUCCGCAACUUAUUACCAUUGGUGCAGACAAGACGUUAGCUAUAUGGGACACAAUCUCUUUUAAGGAGUUACGGCGUAUUAAACCUGUUCCAAAACUUGCAUGCCACAGCGUGGCAUCUUGGUGCCACCCUCGAGCUCCAAACCUAGAUAUUUUAACUUGCGUCAAAGAUUCUCAUAUAUGGGCUAUUGAACACCCCACCUAUUCAGCCCUUACAAGGCCAUUGUGCGAGCUUUCUUCACUAAUCCCUCCUCAAGUUCUUGCACCAAACAAGAAACUUAGGGUUUAUUGCAUGGUUGCACAUCCUCUACAGCCUCACCUCGUUGCUACUGGAACCAAUAUUGGUGUUAUUGUCGCCGAGUUUGAUGCUAGAUCUAUUCCAGCUGUGGCUCCCAUACCAACACCAACAGGAAAUCGAGAGCAUUCUGCCAUAUAUGUAGUUGAAAGGGAAUUGAAGCUACUGAAUUUCCAAUUGUCCAACACAGCAAAUCCAUCUCUUGGAAGUAAUGGUUCCUUAUCUGAAACAGGAAAGUACAAGGGAGACUCAGGUGAACCAUUACACGUCAAGCAGAUGAAAAAGCAUAUCAGUACACCUGUUCCUCAUGAUUCUUAUUCAGUUCUUUCUGUAAGCAGUUCAGGAAAAUAUCUUGCAAUUGUGUGGCCAGAUAUUCCUUACUUCUCUAUAUACAAGGUGAGUGACUGGUCCAUUGUAGAUUCAGGAAGUGCAAGACUUCUGGCUUGGGAUACAUGUCGUGAUAGGUUUGCUAUAUUGGAAUCUGCAUUACCUCCUAGAAUGCCAAUAAUUCCAAAAGGGGGUUCGUCAAGAAAAGCAAAAGAAGCGGCUGCAGCUGCUGCACAAGCUGCAGCAGCAGCUGCUUCUGCUGCCUCUGCUGCCACUGUGCAAGUUCGUAUCUUGCUGGAUGACGGAACGUCAAAUAUAUUAAUGAGGUCCAUUGGUGGUCGCACUGAACCGGUACUUAACCUCUUUCUCUCAAUUUAUGACACUCUAUAG